AAUCGGGUAUGCCUCACAGUUUGAGUAUAAUUAUUUUAGGCCAUACCAGCCUCAUAAAGCAGGCAUUUCGAAUACACACAUACGAGGUAUCCACCCGGACUCCGUGCUCAACAGCAAACAGCUAAAUUGAUCGCCUCAAUCAAUGACCGGGCAGCAACUAGACAUUGUAUUUCGCUGUUAACGACUGUGAAGGCUGUGAAGGUGAGCGGUGAUCAUCGUCAUAGAAGAUGGCUACCAAGCCGGUGUCAUCCGGCCGCGUGAACCUCGCGAAUUUGGCUCUGGAGAAUCGCAUAGUCGGUGGCAAAUAUCGUUUGCUCAAGUCGAUUGGCAGCGGUUCGUUUGGUGAGAUCUAUCAGGGCAUUAAUACGCAGGACGGCAAGGAUGUGGCUGUCAAAAUCGAGGCGAUCGAUGUCAAGUAUCCAUUGCUGCGCUACGAGGCAAAGGUCUAUGAGCAGAUCGGUCCGCAUGCUGGACUGCCGGCACUCUUGCACUACGGCAGCGAGAAGCGCUUCAAUGCGUUGGUCAUGGAGCUGUUGGGCCCCUCGCUGGAGGAUCUGUUCAACCUGUGCAAGCGCCACUUCACGCUGAAGACAGUCCUCAUGCUGGCCGAUCAGCUGCUGAUGCGCCUCGAGUGCGUGCAUCAGCAUGGUUUUAUACACCGCGACGUGAAGCCAGAUAACUUUCUGAUGGGCAUCGGCAGGAAUUGCAACAAAUUGUAUAUGAUUGACUUUGGCUUGGCCAAGCGCUAUCAGGAUCCGGAGCGCUCCCAGCAUAUACCGUAUCGCGAGGAUCGUAAUCUAACCGGAACGGCACGAUAUGCCUCGAUCAAUGCACAGCGCGGCAUCGAGCAAUCACGUCGCGACGACUUGGAGUCUCUUAGCUAUUGCAUUAUGUACUUCAAUUUGGGCAAGCUGCCCUGGCAGGGCAUUGUGGCGCCGAACAAGCAGCAGAAAUACGAGAAGAUAUUGGAGUUGAAGCGCAGCAUGUGCAUCGAUGAGAUCUGCAAGUCGUGGCCCGUCGAGUUCGCCCUGUUCAUGAAAUACGCGCGCAACUUGCGCUUCCAGGACGAGCCCGACUACGUCUAUUUGCGUCAAUUGUUUCGCCUGCUCUUUCGCACCCUCAAUCACCAUUUCGAUCAUGUCUACGACUGGACCCACUUGCACCAGCAGCACAAGGAGCGCGAGCGUGACCGCGACCGCGAUCGGGAUCGGGAUCGGGAUCGCAGUCGACGCGAUCCCCAGCAGCUCGUCGAAUUGGAGGUGAAGCGUCUGCGGCGCACCCGAGUCGAACAGACGCGCCUGAGCAGUCGCUUGGAGAUCGGCGACGGGCACAAGCACAAGCAUCACGAUGACAAGCAGCUGAAGUGAUUCGGCGGUGCUGCUGCAUCGAAUUUUGAUUAAUGAAAAGCAAGCAAAAAAGCAAGAACAAAAAAUAUGCUCUUCCAAAUUAUUUAAACGACAGACUUGCAUGAUUGUAUGUUAAAUUGUUAAUGUUUAGCGUUUUAUGACUGCGUUUUAUUGAAAAACUUUUCCUAAACACCUGCUGCAUAUAUGUUUUGAAAGCCUCGCCCAGAGGAUCACGAUUCUUAGAUUCUUGGAAGUUGGCCUAUAAUGCUUUGUGCCGAUAUUUAUGUAGCUCAGCCAUUGCUUGUCGAAGUCGUUGAUAUUGAAUUGCAGUUGAAUUUGUGGAAAUAACAAUAUCACAAAAUUCGCACGAGCAAUGAGGAUCACAGCAAUUUGAGCGCACUUCAAAUCUCGGUUAACUACUCUUUGUAGCCUCAUCUCUCUCAAAUUCAAUAGAUGAAACAAACUUGGGCUCUAAUAAAUAUAAAUGCCUAAUUUAUGUAAA